GGCAAAUGAAACGGCUGUGUGAGACGAUACAGACACCACCGCGGAAGUCACGGGAGGAGGAAGUGGUAUAAAGGCCAGAAUCUCGGCAACAGCAGCAGAGGAGAGAACCCAUCGAUUUUCGUUAGUCCAUCAACAUGUCGACGGCGCUAAUGGACGGCGAGCUCGGCGCUCUUGUGAAGGUCUCGGCGGUUGUGUGGGCGGCGAUGUCCUACGCCCGCCUCGCCGCGGCGCGUCUCCGGCCCGGCGCGCCUCGCCUCGCCGCGCUCCUACCCGUUGUCGUGCUCCUCUACACGAUCCCCUUCGCAUUCUCGACCACCACAUUCCGCGGCACCUCGGGCUUCUUCCUCACCUGGCUCGGCUCCUUCAAGCUUCUCCUCCUCGCCGCCGGCAGCGGACCGCUCGAACCAUCCCUCCGUCUCCACCAGUUCGUCUGCUCUGCUUCCCUCCCUGUCAAGCUCCGGCAGUCCACCGGCAAACAAAAGAGCAAAGCUCCCGUCCGCGGCCCCGCCAGGAUACUCCUCUGCGGCGCCGUCAUCCCGGCCAUCAUCUACGCGUACCAAUUCAAGAACUCCAUGAACCGGUACCAGGUCCUCGCCCUGUACACCCUGCACAUCUACUUCUCGCUGGAUCUCCUCCUCGCCACCGUCCACAUCGUGAUCCACGACCUCCUCGGCAUGGAGAUGGAGCCGCAGGUGGACCACCCGUACCUGGCGUCGUCGCUGCGUGACUUCUGGGGCCGGCGCUGGAACCUCAUGGUGCCCUCCAUCCUCCGGCCGUCGGUGUUCCGCCCCGUGCGCGCGCGCCUCGGCACCGCGGCCGGCGUCCUCGCGACGUUCCUCGUGUCCGGCCUCAUGCACGAGCUGAUGUUCUACUACAUCAUGUGGACCCCACCCAGCGGCGAGGUGACGGCGUUCUUCGUCCUGCACGGCGCGUGCGCGGCCGCGGAGGGCUGGUGGGCGUCGCACGCGGGGUGGUGGCGCCCGCCGCGGGCGGCCGCGGUGCCGCUGACGCUGGCGUUCGUGGCGGGGACGGGGUUCUGGCUGUUCUUCCCAGCCAUGGUCGAGGGCGGUCUUGACGAGAUGGUGCUGCAGGAGUGCCAGGGCAUGGUGGUGCUCAUGGAGCAGGCCGGCCGGCGGCUCGCCGGCGCCACGGAUCUCGUCUCCUCGACCAUGUGACCAGAGCAAAUUGCAAGUUUGGCUGUGCUGGGGAAUGUGUUAUGUCCGCCGCACGAUUUUUAUCCGAUGGAUGUCGUGGUGUGGUUGGUGGAUCCGCACUACUUAU